AUGGACAAGACUUCAUCCUCGUCGGACAUCACCACCGUCCACCCCGACAUCUUUCAAUCCCACAUCCUUAAUCGCCUCGACGGCCCCACCCUCGCUUCCGCCGCUUCCGCCACCUCUCACCUCCGCGGCCUCUGCACCGAACACCACCUCUGGCGUAACAUCUGCGCCGCCACGUGGCCUUCUCUCAACGAUCCCCUCGCCGCGGCCACCAUCGCCACCUUCCCCGCCACCCACCGCUCCAUCUUCUCCGACUCCUUCCCCUCCCUCCACCACUCCCCUCCCAAUCCCAUCCCAACACAACCACCGACACCUCCGCCGCCGGAGCUCAUCUCCGCCGUGGACAUAUACUACAAGGGCAAACCCGUCUUUUCCCGCGUCAUCCGAACCGAAACCCACAAGGGGUGGUUCCUCUGCUCCCCCCUCUGGGUGGACCUCCUCGACCCCACCGAGGUGGUCCCCACUCCCCUGAAAUUCGCCCAAACCAACGACGAAAUCGAAUUGCUCAACCACCUCGUGGAGAAUCUCGCCCUCAGCUGGAUCAUCAUCGACCCGACCCGAAAACGCGCCGCGAACCUCUCCAGCCGCCGCCCGGUUUCGGCGCGGCGCCACUGGCUCACGGCGGAGCUCGAGGUGCUCUACGCCGUGCCCAUGGAGACAGUCCAGUGCGUCGUAAAGGUCACGUGCUGCGGGAAGGUCGGCGGCGCGAUGCACGUGCGCGAGGUGAGCCUCACCAUGGAGGACACCGAGGGGAGGCACGUGAUGGGCAGGGACGGCGUCGUAAUUUUACAAGACGCGAUGGAGAAUGGGAAGAGAGAAAAACUUGACGCGGAGAAAGCGAAAGAGAGGUUCGAGAAAUUCUCCAUUGUGAAGAGAGAGAUUAGAGAGAGGAAGAUGAGGAGAGACAGGGCAAUGGACAUGGUUGCCAUGUUGAUCGCUUUUGCUGUUUUUGCUUUGCUCUUCUGCUUCAUGGCUUUUGGUGUUUGACCAAAACGUUGCCGUUUUUGCUGGAGAGAAGACUAACCCUUUUACCUCUGCCUUUGGACUUUGGGGGUUGGUUGCACUCAAACGGAAGAGAAAAGAAAAAUAUUCAACAAGUAAAUAGUAUAGUUGAAACAUGAAAGUCAGAAAAAACAACAACAUAUACGAUAGAAAAACGUGUGUAUCUUAUUCCAAUUGGUUAAUUUAUUUUUUCUUUUGACCCAUACCAUGUUUCCUUGUUACCUAACUCAAUUAUACAAAUUCUAUAUAGUUUUUUAGUUUUU